GCGCGGCGGGGGCACCGGAGCCCCAGGGGCCGGGCCGGGCCCGCCCCUGACCGGGAAGCAGACGGGCGGCUGUUCCGCUGCGCGCCGGCCCCGCAGCCGUCGCCGGAGCCGCCCCGCAGCAUGAGCCCGCCCUGAGAUGGCGGCGCCGUGCCGGACGCGGACGCUGCAGGUGGUGGACACGGAGUUCAGCGCCGACGCGGUGGAGUGGUGCCCGGUGGAGGGCUGGCACAGCAUCCUGGCCUGCGGCACCUACCACCUCCGGCCGCCCGCUGCGACCGACUCCCGAGGAAGCAAUGGGGCCUGUGACCGGACCGGACGCCUCUACCUGUAUCACUACAACGAGGAGCAGCCAUACAUCCCGCUGACCGAAAUCCAAAGGAUUGACACUGCCGCCAUCCUGGACAUCAAAUGGUGCCAUGUUCCUGUUGCAGAACAUCCCAUGGUUGGCAUUGCAAAUUCGACGGGUGCCGUGGAGUUUUGCCACCUGACUGGAAGUGAGAAGAACAGCUGCAUGUUGGAGCCAUGCUUCAGGGUCGAUCUGGGUGCACAGCGUCUGGCCUUGUCUUUAGACUGGUCCACAGGACGAGAGCAAUGUGGAUGUCCUUUGAGAGUGAUCAGCAGUGAUUCAGAGGGGAAGCUGAAUCUUUUCUCCGUAGAUGAAUCCGCUCCUUCUGUGCACGUCCUGAACCAGUGGGAAGCUCACAAAUUUGAGGCCUGGAUUGCUGCUUUUAAUUACUGGGACACUGAUAUUGUGUAUUCAGGAGGCGAUGACAGCCUGCUGAAGGGCUGGGACACCAGGUGCAGCCCGGAGACUCCUGUCUUCACCAGCAGGAGACACUCCAUGGGUGUGUGCAGCAUUCAGUGCAGCCCCCACCGGGAGAAUCUUCUGGCUACUGGCAGCUAUGAUGAGCACGUGCUGCUGUGGGACACCAGGAACAUGAAGCAGCCGCUGGCAGACACCCAUGUUGAAGGCGGAGUCUGGAGGCUGAAGUGGCACCCAACCUGUGAUUUUGUGCUGUUAGCAGCCUGCAUGCAGAGCGGGUUCAAAAUCCUGGACUGCCGCGGGAGCAUGGCGGAAAACAUGGAGGAAUGUAUCAUCCUGUCAUCCUAUGUCUUGCACAAUUCCUUGGCCUACGGGGCUGACUGGUCAAGGCUGUGUCCGAGGGAUUCCUGGACUGCAACACAGGACUCUGCCGCUGCCGCUGUGUGCCAGUCUUCAGAGGAGUUUAUGGGAAGAUCAGAGGAAGGAGACGAGAGACUGAAUUUGCAGGUCCAAAACCUGAAGAUAAUUUAUGAGUCUCCUACAGCUACUUUUGAUGUGAUACUGGAUGAGGAGAGUGAAGGCCCUGCCUUGCCGCUCAAAGCAGGGGGGGGUCCUAAGCUGUCUGGGGCUCCUGACCUGGAUAGGGGCCCCGGUUUAAAGGGGAGUUUAGAUUCAGCCAUGGGCCCUGACCAAGGGGGAGAUCCCCAGUCAGCCAGCGGUUCUGCCUCGGGAGUUCGGAGACCCAACGGGAUGGGCCUGGAGAGAAGCGGUGGCUCAGCCAAGUCUCUAGACAGCCCCAAAGAAAUGAGCAUUGUAGCAACUUGUUCUUUCUAUGACAAUAUCCUCCAUGUCUGGAAGUGGGAGAUGAGCCUGGUGAGCCCUUUGGGGACGUCGGGUACCACAUCUCCGUCUGAAAGAGCAGCUGAAAGUGUGCAUUGACCAGUCCCGGGGGAGAGGGGUGGGAAACUCCUGUACUGAGAGUGACAGCUGAGCUUACGCCCUCUCUAAUUUCUGCUGGGCUUUUCCAGUGUUAUUGCUGAGCUUGUGAGUCUUUUAAGGCCGAUGCUGAUGGAAUAACUGGUGUUUUAUUUUCGGCACUGAGGAAAGCCUUUGCUUGGAGGAGUGUUGUCAAGCACAGAUGCGUUUAUUUAGUUUUCCUUUAAUGUACUAGCUCAAAGUAGGAGAGCCUUCCUCCCAAAGGCUGCUUGUUUGUACCCUGUAUCCCUUCAAGGCUGGUUUGCAUUUGUACGAUUGAUCUGUUAAGCCUGUUCUCCUUCCAUCACAAACCAAACUUGGCUGCGCUGCUACAUGUAGACACAGGAUGUGGUCUGGGUUUUCCUGAAUGUCUCAGGAGAGCCCAUGCGUACGGGCUUCGCUGUGCGCGCACCUCGCUGUGCGAUCUGUAAACCAGUAGGUACCUUGAGAAGAUGCUCAACGACGGUCCAGAUAGUGCCAGUGCAAUGUGCUCACGGUGAUUUUUAGUAGAGAGAAAUCCUUUUUUAGAAGGAAUUCCAGAUGGACGGGUACAACAGACAGCAGCUCGGUGUCAGGAAGCUUUGUUCUGAGCAGAGCCUUUCUUGUGGGGAUUCUGGUCUGUCUGCACAGUCUGAUUUUUACAUCAGACUCAUCACCUGGUUGCAGUCGUGCUUUAUCGCUCUCCAAGUUAGGCACAACCUGGUUUAGCAUAAUUUGUGUCGCGAGCCCCGCUGUGUUUUAGUGCCGCCCUUAACCCCCCCGUAGCCUCUUGGUAGCAAACUCAUGUUUUCUGCUCUCCACAGGGAGACAUACAUUUAGGUCCAAAGUCAAUAUCUUUCAGUUUUAUAACGGUGAACAGCUUUAAGAUCAAAACCUCCAAAAAACAUAAGCAGUGUCUCCUGACAUUUUUUAAGUUCAGAAUACGUAAGUAAAGAAACCAAAAUCUUAACAACAUUGCCCUAACUACCUCCAGGAAUGGCUGCAGAAUUUCUCAUGGUCGCUCCAUUGGCUUUCUUUUUUCACUGUGAAAUAUCAGCAAAACAUCGUUUCUGGAACACUUUAUUAUCUUCCUAAAAACAGAAAAACAGCUUAAACUAGGGAAGUAACUUCUAGCUUUCAUGGUUUCUCUUCGAGGGUCCUAAAGAAUUAGCUGCCUGGAGGGAAAGAAACACCAGCAACAGGUCUAUCUGUAACAGUGCUGCAUCUAAAGCGAGGUACCAGCAGAGAAUUAUUCUACUGCUUUGAAACUCCUUUUUGAAGGGUGAAUGUGUAUUUUAGAAAACAUUCUUGAGCGCUGUUACAUGAAGAUUCAUAUUAGUAUUGUGAACAAGAGUUUUGUUAAAAAAAAAAUAAAAAUCACACCCUAUUUUUGGAUGUUUCUAAAAUAAAAUCAAUAUAAGUGAUUU